AUGGGGUCAUUCCAGGACGAGCGAACCCUGCUCUACGUGGGUCUCGCCGUCUGUGUCAGUAUUAUCACCUACCUGAGCCUCAGCCAACGUCAAAAAGAGGUCGUCUUCAGAAGGUUGGCGUUACGAGGACGUCGUUCGUCAAGUGCAGACACGCCUCCUCGUUCCCUCUCGCCAGAGAAGAAGGAGCCCAGCAACUCUCCGCCAAAGUCAUCCGAAUAUGUCAACACGUUCCCGCCCCUGACCAGAGAGAACCUUUCGGAGGCCGCUGCCUCGCUCCCUCAGGAUCGCCGCGUGGCUCUGCAGAAUGCGACGUUCGACAAGGAGAACUGGAUGAAAUCUAUUCUCGAUUUUGACGAGGACUUCCGCAAGGCGGACCCCAGCAAAUAUGUCUACACCGGCUACAAGAUCGAGGAAAUUCGGGCUUUAGGAGACUUCCCCGAUUACGCUGCCCUCAGCGGUGUCCCGCUCCCAAAACCAUACCAUGAGCACGACAUCAACAAGGCACUGCCACGACCUUACCGACCUUUCCGAUGGGCUUAUCAUCAGACCAUGUCACUUACCAAGUUAGAGCCAAACUGGUGGCUGGAGCUGGAAAACACCUACGUCACCCGCAUUGCUCAACGCAAAAAGCUGUACGCCGAGCACGGCGAGGCCGUCCUCCAGUGGCUGCCUGGAUCCGAACUGGCCUGCAAAGAACUCAUGGAGAUGUCGCUCCAGUUCCUUUGUGCCCGCUAUCCCCAGUACUUCCGCCUCCACGCCGACAAGAAGACGUUCGAAAACAAGAUCCUCGGCACCAAGCAGGACGUCUCGGCCAAGCACCCUCUUCUGGUCCUGUUGGAUAACGUCCCCGAAGACUUUGCCAUCACGCUGCGAAACCCGGAGACCGGCUACUACCACUUCCGUGCGGGAAUGAUCUGCUCGGCCUUGGGCUGGAAUGUCGGGACCAAGAUUGGACUGCAGCUGCACCAGAUCCACGCCCCGAUCCCCGACUACAAGGAGAAGAUGCAGUUCAGCAUGGAUCGAUUCUUCACCAAGAUGCCCUCCCCCAAGCCCAUCCAGCGCGGCUCCUGGGGUCUCGAAGUGGACCAACCGCUGUACAUGCCGCCGGGCGACCCGCACGAGAAGUACCGCGACUUCCAGUCCCCCGACCUCGACCUCUCGCGCAUCCACCUGCGGGUCGACUGGCAGACGCUCCGCCGGCUGCCCCUGUCGGGCGGGAUUGUGUUCAACUUCAAGGCGCUGUUCACGCCCGUGUCCGAGUUCCGCGACGAGCCGUACAUCCCCAGCCUGGUACUGAAAGUGCUCAAGGACGGCAAGGAGAACCUGAUGAAGUACAAGAACACGUGGCACGUCGAGCACGUGGUGAUCCCGGCCCUAGAGGAGUACGAGCGCGAGCAGAUCCAGAAGGGCCUCGUCGAGAAGGACUGGCAGCACCACACCCUGGACGAGAGCCCGUGGUUCCCCGGCUGGAAGGAGAAGUGGGUGCGACAGCAGGGUUUUGGGGAUGUUGAGUAG